GUGUUAGGUAUGGGCGGCGCACACCUCUACUCUCAACCCUCUACUCAUGCAGUAGUGGUGUGUUUGGUGUCAGACAUUAACAAUACGUUUAGUUAUGUUUAGUUAGCGUUUAAUUACAUUUAGUUAUUAAUUAUUGACACCAAUUGUCUCAUUCACUGACUCACCUCUUGUGGCCACCGGUCGGCACAUCAAAGCCCCCGCCGGACGAGUGUCUGACACACACACGCAUCACAUCCACCGCUGAAGACAUUGUUGACCACUUCUGGCGCGUGAAUCAGUAAAAACAUGUCUAAAAGACGUAUCGAUUUGAACGAUGGCUUCACGAAGAAGAAUCGGGCCGGCGAUCAUCACUCACACCACUCGGCGGACAUCGACUCGUUGCUGAAGGACGCCAAGAGUAAAGCGUCGGCGGGAGCGGCGGGUCCCGGAGCGGGCGCCGCCACCACCACCGCCGGUAUCAACGCGUGCACACAAUUGCCGUUCAGUCAACGCUAUUACGAGCUGUUCCGCAAACGCAUCCAAUUGCCGGUCUGGGAAUACAAGGAACAGUUCCUGGAGCUGAUCGACAAGAACCAGAUACUG